AUGGCCUAUGCAACUGGACGUACAUUAAUCUUGAAUUCUGCAGUUAGUGAACCAUAUACACAAUGGUGGAUGAAAAAUUUCCUACCAUUAUCUCAGAAAUGCAAUAUAACUGACAUUCAGUCAAAUAACCAUUCUGAUUCUUUUGAUAAAAAAUCUCUUGAUACUUAUCAAUCGGUUGGGUGUCCAAACUACAAUUCAAUUAUUCCUCCAUUCGACUGGAUGCCUCCAGCUGUUCCCAGUCAUUUGAGCAAAGUACUUUCACAUUUACAUGGUGCCCCAUUUGUUUGGUUCAUUGGUCAAUUGGCUAAAUUUUUAAUGCGUCCGGCAUUUGAUCUAAGUGAAGCAUCUAAAAUACUCACUGAUCAAACUGAGAAUCCGAUUGUUGGUGUUCAUAUUCGACGUACGGAUAAACUAAUAUGGGAAGCACGUUUUCACAGUUUAGAAGAAUACAUCACUGAAGUUGAAAAUUAUUUCCAAUUCAUAGAUGCCGAACGUCAAAUGAUGUCUAGAACUGAAGAAUGGAAAAGUGACAUUAAAUCACCGUUUAAUCACAAUGUACAACAUCAAUUGAGACCAGUAAAACGACGUGUGUAUUUAGCUACUGAUGAACCUAGUUUAUUCGAUGAAGCCAGAUUGAAAUAUCCUAAUUAUACAUUUUAUGGUGAUCGUAGACGUGCUGAUUCAGCUUCUGUCUUCAAGAGACACGAUAAUGAUUCUAUUAUUAGCAUAGCCAGUGACAUAUUUUUUCUAUCAAAAACCAGUUUCCUAGUUUGUACUUUUUCUUCAAAUGUUUGUCGAUUAGCUUACGAAUUGAUGCAAUCUAAUCAUUUAGAAUUCGGUGAUGCAAGUCAACAAUUUCGUUCAUUAGAUAAAGUGUAUCAUUUUAAUGGACAUCAACCUGCACCAUAUGAGGUAGUAAUAUCAAAUAAUGAAACUGAUUUAUCUCGUGGUGAUUUAGUUAAAUUUCAUGAUAAUCAUUGGAAUGGUUAUGCAGACGUUGAAAAAUUGAAUACCGGUCGCAAAGUCAUGGCACCAGCAUUUAAAUUUACUUCAAGGUUAAUGAGUGCUCCUAUGAUCGGUGCACAUACAAAUCGAUCUGAAUUUAUUCUUGAUAAUAAUAAAUAA